AUGCUCGCGGUCUGGUCCGGAGGCAUUUCUACCGCUGUUCUCUCCAAUAAGCCACAGCCACGAUGGUCCAUGCCAUCCAAAUCCCAGAUUAUCUUCACAUUUCUUGCCGCAGUGUGGCCACUAUUCGUCAUUUCAGCAGAAGAAAGCUCGAAAAUUGCUACCGGGACUGUGUGUCCCAUUGGAUGGGGGCGCUUCGUCUCACUCGCUCAGCUCUGCAAAUGCCUGAUCGAUGCCGUGAUCAUAAGCCAUACAUCUCAUUUGGCGCGCGCAGCUACAGAAGAUGGAAUCGACAUUUCUGAAUUCAUGGGAAAGCUUUCGCUUGUCGCGGCCGGAAGCAUUCUGUUGCUCUCAUUCCCAUCUUGGCUUUCGGAUUCAGAGUUGAUCAUGGCAUUUACCUUUCGAGCUCUCGACAAUGGAGAUUUUGCUGUGGAUGGUUUCUUUGCGAUGAUCGCUGUACUCUCCAGCUUAACACUGUUACCCCCUGUGCAUCCAUCAUGCUUCGCGCUUCUUAUAACUACUGCCACUUUCAUGGGCUUACAGAUACCUGUCUAUCAGACGAUUCCGCUUCUAUCUCCCGUGUCCUACGGAGAGCUUGUGAAGCAUACGACUCUUGUAGUCGUUCUAGCAGUGCCUCUGUGGUACCUUGCCAUUAGCAUUCACCAUACUGGAGAGUCUAACGCAUCACAAAGGAUCUUCAAGGGGCUGAUAAUGUCCGUUAGUGGGUUUGCAGUAAUUGCAAUGGUGGUAUUGGCGCGACUGCUCUUCAUUGCGUCUCCGACUAUAGCUCUAAUCCAUACGGCCAUCAAGUCACUCGUAUCGGAAGCAUCUGCGGAGAUAUUCGCGUGGGAGUCACAAGCCGCAACUAGUAGAUCACUGGCUGAUGCUGUGAAUGAAUACACGAAAAGGUACACGCUCCCACCUCCACCAAACUUCGACAAAUGGUACGAGUUCGCAAAGGAGCGCAACUCUAUCGUUGUGGACGACUUCGACCAGAUCAACAAGGACUUACUUCCCUUCUGGGGGGUGGAGCCUGCACAAAUACGUGAUUCGACUACAAAGCUCUUCAACUACGGAAGCUCAGAAAUGGGCGGCAUGCGUAUCAGGAACGGUUCGGUAGAGCAGUCGCCUCAUAUUCCAGGAUCGCAUCGUUGGAUGACGGAAUCAUAUCAGAGGAUGAUGGAGCCGUUUUCCAAGUGGUUGCCGGACAUGGAUAUAGCUAUCAAUCUGGCCGAUGAGUGCCGUGUGGUCGUUCCAUUUCGCCAUUUGGAAGCUCUCAAAUACUUUGCACAGGAGAAGAGACGAGAAGUUUCCAACCAAAUGGAACAGAACGGCUGGCCGAGCAGCGUCUUUUCGCAAUUUCCAUGGCCUGAGGACUUCCCCGAGCCUCUACCUCGGGCGACGGAUGGCAGAAAAGAUGCCAUUGAUCCCCUCUUUACAAAUUAUAUCCGGAGACCCAUGUUUUAUGAUUUCGUUGCUGCCUCCUGUCCACGAAGAUCGGCAGUACACAGUAGUCGAUGGUGGGAUUGGAGCAGUACUUGUGUUGGCUGUCUGAAGCCACAUUCGCUGCUUACAACCAGCGGUGCGAUAUUGGCAGAUGUAUCGCUUGCUCACGAUCUUUGCCAUCAGCCGGACGUCGCAUACUUGGAUGGAUUUCUCAAUUCGCCAUCUGCGUUGGUCGGCACAAAUCUACUCUUCCCCAUCUUCAGCCAGGCACGCGUCGGCGGCUUCUCAGAUAUUCUAAUACCGUCGCCGUGGCAUUUUGAUGACAAGAGUGCCUUUAAAGAGGACAGUGGCGUGGCGUGGGAAGAGAAAGCGAACACUUUAUUCUGGCGUGGAUCGCGAUCGGAUGGAUUCUCCGCCCAUGGACGAUGGCCUGGAUUUUUACGACCGCGAUUCGUACAUGAAGCUUAUGAGAAGACUGUGGCUUUGCAAUCAUCCGGCAUUGAGACUCCUGUUCACAUUAACGUCUCCUUUACUGGGGAGAUGUCCAGAUGUGAUGGAUUGGAUUGCACUGUCGAGUUGGAAAAUUAUAAGCAAUGGGGUCUCGUCACAUUAAGCAACGAUUCGGCUGUGGACCAGGAAGCAAACCAGCUUCCCACUGGCGUCCCAUUUGAAGAGCACUGGAAAUAUAAGCACUUGAUGGACAUGGAUGGCGCGGGAUUUAGCGGUCGCUUUCUGCCUUUUCUGGAGAGUCGCAGCUUGCCAUAUCGUGCGGCGUUCUUCCGUACUUGGUAUGAUGAGAGACUCCGAGCCUGGCAUCACUACGUUCCUGUGGACAUUCGACUUGGAUCAGGUUUUUGGUCCGUUUUGGAGUACUUCAGUGGGGGUGCUAAUGAUAAAGACGCCGAGGGACCUGAGAUGGCCAAGAAAAUUGCAGAACAGGGGAGAGAAUGGACGCAAAAAGCGCUGAGGAAAGAUGACAUGCAAAUCUACAUGUUUCGCCUAUUGUUGGAGUGGGGGAGAAUCACGCAUGAUGAAAGAGAGCAAUUGGGAUUUUCCAUUACCAGAGAAGAAUAG